GUACCUGUGAAAAUUUAUUUGAAUUAUUUUUUUUAUUUUUUAAAAACAAUAAAACUUACGACCAUGACCAAGUGCUCAGUGUCUUCAUGCAGAGAAAAAGGAACUUUUACUUUUCCAAAAGAUAAAAAAAGACGUUUGCUAUGGGAGCGAGCGAUUGAUAAAAAUUUCAAGUCUUCUAGUUCAUCGAGGUUAUGUUCCAGGCAUUUUAAAGAUGAGGAUGUCAUUAAAAAUCGAGAAAGUUAUUAUACAGGACUCAUCAGCACGAGAAGAUUUUUGAGACCUGGAGCCGUGCCUACACUGCAUUUGAACCAGCCUUCAAAGCGGGCGAGAGAAGUUCGGAAAAUUUUAUUUGAUCUGGAAUCUUCUGAUGAAGAGUCUUUACCUUCAGAAGCAAAUUUACCAGACUCGGAUUCACCAAAGGUUGGAGAUGAUCCAGAAAAUAAAAUAAAAAAUAAUUUAGUUGCGAAAGUAUCUUUUGAAAAAGAAAUAGAAUCAGUGCAAGAAUACUCAGUACCUAUUGAUGAUCAUCCUGGUUCUUUAAAUUUAAAAUAAAUAAUUAUGAUUUCGAAUUCGAUUUCAUGUUCAGUGUAAUUAGACUUGUAGGUAUCAGUAUUUUGUGCUCGUCGAUUGUUUUGUCUCAGAGAUGGUCGCCGAUUGAUAAAAGUGACCACUGAAAAAAUCAGUUGAGUUUUAUGAGUAAAAAUUUUAAAAAAUUACGGGAUGUAAAAUUUGUAUUUCAGCGCGCGGAAUUUAAAAGCCAGAAAAUUAAGACAUUUAUAAAAUAUUAUAAACUUAUCAGUUUUA